AGAUACAGAUCUGAUUCCUAUUACAGCACCAGGACUGUACCUGUGCGUCUAUCUAGCCCCAUGUUACUGCGGGCAAAUUCGUUUACAACGAAGUGACUGACUAUCUACUCAAACCUGCUUCGAGGAAAGCCUGUGGAUGGUUCAAUCCACCGGGGUUCAACGCGCAAACAUGUCAAGGCAUCAGAGGACCCCAUUGAAAAACACGAACAAUGUAGUCGAGGUCAAAAGCAAAUUUGAGGCGGAGUACAGACGUUUCGCUCUGAAGAAGAGCGGCACCGGUGGCUUUCAGGAGUUCUACCGGCUGCUGCAGACCGUUCACCGCAUCCCCAGUGUGGAGGUGCUGCUGGGAUAUGCGGACAUCUAUGGUGACCUGCUGCCAAUCAACAACGAUGAUAACUUCUACAAGGCCCUGUCCUCAGCCAAUCCACUACUCAGGAUCAUCAUCCAGAAGAGAGAUGUGGAUGAGCCUGUGGUCUUUGCCACCAACUCCCUGCAGAGGAGGAAAAAGGGUCUGGCAGGGUUGCGCCCGGCACAGCAGAAAACCAAACCAGGACUGAUGAUUGGCCAUCCCCAGGACUUCCGGCAGAUCUCCUCCAUCAUCGAUGUCGACAUCCUGCCCGAGACACACCGGCGCGUCCGCCUGCACAAGCACGGUACCCACAAGCCCCUGGGUUUCUAUAUCCGGGACGGGGUGAGCGUGCGGGUCACGCCUCAGGGAGUGGAGAAGGUGCCUGGUGUCUUUAUCUCCCGGCUGGUACGUGGAGGCCUGGCUGAGAGCACAGGCCUGCUGGGGGUUAACGAUGAGAUCCUGGAGGUCAACGGCAUUGACGUGGACAGCAAGUCUCUGGACCAGGUGACAGACAUGAUGGUGGCCAACAGCCACAACCUGAUCGUGACGGUGAAGCCAGCCAACCAGCGCAAUAACGUGGUUCUUCGAGGAAGCAAGGUCUCGGUAGGGGGGAACAGCUCCUCUGGAUCCAUAGGCUCCACCAUCUCCCAUGACUUGGCCCCCAGCCCCGCCUCUCAAAGUGUCAGUCACUAUAGCAACAGUAACAGUGUGGCGGAGGGCGACAGCGACGAGGAUGGAGACCUUAUCAUUGAGAGUGACAUACUGCCAUACCUGCCCCACCACUGUGUGUCCAAUGGUAAUGGCAGCCACAGGGAGUUUCCAUUGUCCUCGUCACUGGGGCAACGGCCCCUCCCCCAGAGCAUUUUCCUGCCCAGCAGUGGUUCUCUGUCAGACAGCAAGGCCUCUCUGAACUCCCUGACCACUCCUACUCACAACGGCAGCCCCACCAAGACCAGCAGCAGCCAGGAGAGCAUGAGAGAGGAUGGGAACAUCAUCACAAUGUAAAACCUUGUCAUAGUACUAAUUUUACAAAUGUGUUUAGGAGACAUCAACAAGAGAAGACCAAACAUGCACAGUUAGUCUCAUGAGAAAAACAAGACAAAUGAUGAACAUUAGCUGACCACAAAACAACACUUUUAAUUGUUACCUCACUACAGAAAACAACACACAACAAUCAUGCAGGCAAUGAUGAUGACUUUGCCUUAAAAGUAUCCGAUGUGUAUUCCAUGCAACUAGACGCAGCGGAACUAGCAGCCAUCAUGUAAGGAACUCAGUGGACAGUGUGGUGUCAAUCCUGAGAGCCUACUUACUACAACACACAUGAUAAUGGCUGUCACCAUCACCAUACUGGAAGUGCCUUAUGGCUUUCCGCUCAAAUCGCCUUAUAUUUAUCACUUUUAUUUGACUUUCUAACAGGACCAUCUGUUCAAUUCUAGACAGUGUCAUUGGGUGUCAGUGAAAAGGUGAAUACUGGCAGGAGGAGAAGCAGACAAUAUUUCACACUCUAUCUCACUGUGAGAGUCUGUGAGAGACAUGUGAUCUAUGUGGACACAGUGUUAGAGACAACAUGGUAUUAGCCUACUUGAUCCUGCAUUCUGCAAUGCUUCAAUGUCCAUACAGUGUGUUCUCUUCUGGGACUGUGACAAUCACUGCCGGUUGUUAGCCUGCUUACCUAACAUACAAUAGCUUUUAUUCCUCUGUCCAGAAAUCAUGAAGUGUGUUCACAUACAGCACAUCUCGAAACAUACAUUACGUGUUCCCUCUUCUCAGUUACCACAAAGAUGUCAUGGCAUUAUUGUACACACAACACAACAAAGUCAAGUGAGGCUUUUACAAUAUGUGUGCUUGGAUCCAAGGGCCCCCUCUGACCUCCACAGGACAGAACAGGACUAAACAUUUUAUUCAGCCCUUGAACAUCCUUACUCCCAUUUGAUACACACAGUUAUGGCAUAUCAUAACCUUCUAUAGGAAAAUAUGUAACACUACUGUUGAUCAUCAUGGUGUUAGUAUGGGAAAUAGGAGUGAUAUAUGCUCCUCUGUCUCCCCCAUGUCGAUGUACAUCAUAUUUGACUUUUACAUGCAGUAGCGACAAACGAAGCCUACGUUUAACUACGUUUACACAUUGACGUGGAACCAUCUUCAAGAGAACACCACCUUUUUAUCGCAACACGGGCAGUUUUCUCCUUUAAUGUACUCCACAGCCACCAAGCAUGUUCUUCAUCUAAAACGUAGUCAGAUGGUUUGACUUCAUGUUCGUAUAGGUCACUGGUUGACUGGAGUUACAGAGGUCCCAGGAUGAAACAUUAGACCCGGGAGAAUUUCCCUGGCGGACUUGCUGUCUUGCUUUUAAAGAAGCCAAUUCCAUUUUGCUUCAGGACAAGGUUUCUCUCCCCUGAAAAUUUGACAAAGAGUAAACACAACAGAAAUAACAUGGAGUGCUGUUGCUCCAGAAGGUCACGGCCUCUCAUAGACCCAGCUGUCUUCAGGCCCACUUGUGACUGCCAUGUUGUUGUGUAAAAUAAGGAAAUUCCUUUCAUGUUUAAAAAGCCUACAACUUUGCACAUUGGGACCUUGUUCAUACACUUUACUCCAUUCUUGAUAUCUACACCUGAGGGGCAUGGCGAGGGAAGGAGGAGAGAUUUCCUCUUAAUUUGAAGGCCAAGAGUAUCAUCUUGCAGUGAGAGCUGUGAGGCAGACAGUCUCAAAACUCCAAGCUUAUUGUUGUUGCUUCUUACCCUCACUGCACCCGAACACAAGGGCCCCCUGACUCUCUGUUAGUACUGGACUGGAGGGAGAGCUGCCGGCCCUCACAGCUAGCAAUGCCCAAGACCUCCAGGCUGGUUGGUGGGCUGUGUCUGGAGUGAUCCAUAGAGACAGAAGGAGCAUCAGAUGACCUACCACAACAGAGGGAUAAUAUUGUGUUUUACAUGGACAUGAUGUAUUUGUAGGUCAUCUCUUUGACUCUGGAACCAGCUGGAAUAACACAUAAAUUCAAUAACUCUCCAUCUUGACUUCGAUUAUUGAAUUGACCAAUAAGACAGAACAAAACCAGCAGAGCAUGAGGACCUCCUGUGGCCUAGUUGUUAUUGUUUUACUAGAGCUGCAGUUGUAUCCAGGUAGCAUGAUACAUUCAUUAACCUGAUAAUUAUGUUGCUCACUUUAAUAUGGGGAGGGACAAUUAUUUAUUCAAAGAGGAAUGAGGCCAUCAUAAGAUCACAGGUGUCAAACUCAUUCCACGGAGGGCCGAGUGCCUGCGUGUUUUUCUCUCUUUUCUUGUACUUAGUUGAUGAAUUAAGGUCACUAAUUAGUAAGGAGUUCCCUACACCUGGUUGUCUAGGGCUUAAUCUAAAGGAAAACACACAAACCUUCAGACACUAGGCCCUCCAUGGAAUGAGUUUGACACCCCUGUUGUAGAACAUACAGCAGAAUCACCUGUCUUCACAGAUACAGUAUAUUGUCUUUUAAUUUACUUAUAGGAAACUGCUAUCAUCUAUAACAGAAAAGCUACCACAUACUGUACUGAAUCAUUUCUUCAUGUAUGUAAUUAUGAAACUAUAAAUACAAAUGACAAAUUAUAUAAGCAAGGGAUUUUUUGAUUUAACUGGGAGAUUUUUUGUAAAAUAACAUUUUCUAAAUGUGUAAAAUAUGGAGAGUAUUUUUCUUAUUCUUGUACAUUUAUUUGUAUAUGAGGAUCCUGGAGAGGACAUUUCUAUUUCUUUGAGUACCGGGAACCAACAGAGGAACAACGUGUUUAUAUGAAUCUAAUGGGUCAGGGUGUACAAUACUGUGAAUGUGGUAUAGAGAUAUGCUGAUUAUGAAAUGACAUAUUAUUAUAAAAUAUUAUAAAAAAUA